AUGGUCGAUUCGCGCUCGGACUCUGAAGGUCGCUCGCGUGCUAAGCGUCAGAAGAUGGACAAGACAGAGACGGAUCCCAGGGACAAUCCUUACCUGGCUCAUAUGUAUGCGGAUGCGUCUACCAACGGCGACUCGAGUUCAUCAGGGACGAAUUCUGCUUUCGCGAAGUUGAAGAGGCAUCAGACGACAGCAGCUCUGGCAAAGGAGAUAGAGGAUGGGGAGAUCAAUCCAUUUACCGGCCAACCUUUCUCCAGCAAGUACUUCUCUAUCUUGCAGACUCGUCGUGACCUUCCAGUGCACCAACAGAGAGAUGAAUUUUUGCAGCUUUACCAGCAGUCCCAGAUUCUAGUCUUCGUCGGUGAGACUGGUUCCGGAAAGACUACGCAGAUUCCCCAGUUCGUCUUGUUCGAUGAUCUACCGCAAACCCAGCGCAAAAUGGUCGCUUGUACCCAACCUCGUCGAGUCGCUGCCAUGUCCGUUGCUCAGCGUGUGGCUGCUGAGUUGGAUGUUAAGCUUGGAGAGGAAGUUGGUUACAGUAUCCGUUUCGAGGACAUGACGAGUUCCAAGACCUGCCUGAAAUAUAUGACAGAUGGUAUGCUUCUGAGAGAAGCUAUGCAUGAUCAUGACCUUACACGCUACAGCACAAUCAUUCUUGACGAAGCCCACGAAAGAACCAUGGCUACCGAUGUCCUUAUGGGUCUUCUCAAAGAAGUUGUGCAGCGUCGGCCCGAUCUGAAGAUCAUUAUCAUGUCCGCCACCCUGGAUGCGCAAAAGUUCCAGCGGUAUUUCAACGACGCUCCUCUACUUGCCGUUCCCGGUCGUACUCAUCCCGUCGAAAUCUUCUAUACUCCCGAACCGGAGCAAGAUUACGUGGAAGCAGCCAUUCGCACGGUCCUCCAAAUCCACGCCACAGAGCCCGAUGGUGAUGUCCUUCUGUUCCUGACCGGUGAGGAAGAAAUCGAAGAUGCUGCGCGCAAGAUAUCGCUCGAGGCGGACGAGAUGGUGAGAGAAGCCGACGCUGGUCCCCUGAAAGUCUAUCCGCUUUACGGCAGUCUGCCUCCGCACAUGCAGCAGCGUAUCUUCGAGCCCGCUCCUCCCCCUCGCAGACCGGGUGGUCGUCCCGGUCGUAAGGUGAUUGUUUCGACAAACAUUGCGGAAACAUCUCUUACCAUCGACGGAAUCGUGUACGUGGUGGACCCGGGAUUCUCGAAGCAGAAGAUCUACAACCCCCGAAUUCGUGUCGAGUCACUUCUCGUGUCUCCCAUCUCCAAGGCUUCCGCUCAACAAAGAGCUGGUCGUGCGGGUCGUACGCGGCCCGGAAAAUGCUUCCGUCUCUAUACGGAAGGUGCCUUCAAGAAGGAGUUGAUUGAUCAGACCUAUCCCGAGAUUCUCCGAUCUAACCUUUCUUCGACUGUGCUAGAAUUGAAGAAGCUCGGAAUCGAUGAUCUCGUUCAUUUUGAUCUGAUGGAUCCUCCCGCCCCUGAGACACUCAUGAGAGCUCUGGAAGAGUUGAAUUAUUUGGCUUGCCUUGAUGACGACGGCAAUCUGACACCGCUGGGCCGCCUUGCCUCCGAGUUCCCUCUUGACCCCGCGCUUGCCGUCAUGCUGAUCAGCUCUCCCGAGUUCUACUGCUCCAAUGAGAUCCUGUCAAUCACAGCUCUGCUUUCAGUUCCUCAGAUUUUCGUGCGGCCCGCCUCUCAGAGAAAGCGUGCCGACGAGAUGAAGAACCUCUUUGCUCAUCCCGAUGGUGACCAUCUCACUCUUUUGAACGCCUAUCAUGCCUUCAAGAGCGCAGAGGCCCAGGAGAAUCCAAAGCAGUGGUGUCACGAUCAUUACCUCUCCCUCAGAUCUCUUCAAUCGGCAGACAACGUUCGUAUGCAGCUCCUGAGGAUCAUGGAGCGCGAGGAGCUGGAAAUGAUUUCGACUCCUUUCGAAGACAAGAAAUACUACGAGAACAUCCGGCGUGCGCUGUGCGCGGGAUUCUUCAUGCAGGUCGCGAAGAAGGAACCACAGGGAAAGAGUGUCUACACGACCGUCAAGGACCACCAGAGUGUUCUUCUGCACCCGUCAACCGUCCUCAGCUAUGAUGCCGAGUGGGUCCUCUAUAACGAAUUCGUCCUCACCACUAAGAAUUACAUUCGGACUGUGACUGCUGUCAAGCCCGAAUGGCUCCUUGAUAUCGCUCCCACAUACUACGAUAUCUCAACCUUCGCUAAGGGCGAGAUCCGAUCUUCCUUGCUGCGCGCCGCAGAGAGACUUUCGCGCAAAGAGAAGAUGCGCGGAGACUCUGCAAGGAGACGAUAG